AUUACUAUCAUUUGUCAGCUAGAUCGCGAGGGGGAGGGACGCGUCUGGACGCGUCUAUCGGUCGUGGAGGCACUGCUCAAGCUGACUGGGGUCACUACAACCAUCGAGAAUAGCAUCCAUCGUCUGAAGAGUUCUGACUUCCCAAAAAUCCUCGACUCGGCGGAAGUCCCCGUCUGGACUCGCUGAUCAGUGCGAUGCUGCUCCGGUCUGCCGCUCGACUGGCGGCGGCGCCGUGCCGUCCUUUGACAGUCGCCAGUCCCGUCUCUCCACCGCCGCUGACCGACGCAGUACUGACACCGGAGCGUCGCGAAGCGUUCGUCUCACGUCUGUCAAACGUGCGCCUGCCCGUGCGGACCACUGACGGUGAGCCGGGUGCGGCUGUGCUCGCUCCUCUGUGUCGGGUUGACGGUCGGCCGGGACUGCUCUACACACUCCGCUCCUCUGCGCUCAACAAACAUGCCGGGGAGGUGGCAUUCCCAGGCGGUAACCGAGACCGGCAGGACGCCGACCCUCUGGCGACCGCCCUCCGGGAGACCGAGGAGGAGAUCGGUCUUCACGUGGAGCGGGACCAACUGUGGGGAGUGCUGCCCUCGCUGCUGUCUCGGUUUGGAGGGAAGCCGGUGGCGGCGUACGUAGCGGAUGUAGGAGAGGUGCGAAUGGAAGAUCUACGCCCUCAGCCAGACGAGGUGGAGGAUGUGUUUUUUCUGUCGUUAGAACACCUGUGUAAACCGGAGAAUGCGGGACAUACUCAGUGGCGGCGAGGGGAUGCAGGAUACUCGCUACCGGUGUUCCUCAAUGGACCCCACCGCGUCUGGGGACUGACGGGCAUAUUUACUCACAUCUUACUAGGGACGCUACUACCAGAGUGGUACAAACACAAAGUGCCCUACCUGCGGCCUGUCAGGGAGCGAGACAGCGAGCGGGACAGUCGCUCAGGUAGUUAUUAAUGGUCGUAGUCUAUAAGACAGAUGGUAUGUGAUGAAGGUUAUGACUGUGAUGAGCGGGAUGCUUUGGACCGGUUAGGAGUUAGGGAGUUUAUUUAUACUGGGACCUAGCUUGUUUAUUGGCAGGUUAUCAGUACCAUGCUCAAGGUGAUUGUCAGCCAGGUUAUACUUACUUGUUACCUACGCUGCCCGAAGGGGCAUAUUUUGAAGAUUGUUUCUGACCUACGAAUUUUUAGGAUACACGAGACUGGUCGUGACAUUAUUGAAAUCAUACAUCAGUGGUAUAUUGUGAUGUUGUUUUAUUCCAGCAUCGAUUAAUUAAAUUCGGCACUGAUAAGCGGGCAGCAUUUUACCCGGCCUAUCAGCGCCUCGUUUGGCAGUGCGGCACGAAAGAGUCCAUUAUGACGGCAACCGACGAUUCAUGCUGCUCUGUUGCAAUGUGCAUAAGGUAUGUACAAAUUAACACAAUGCAAACGUCUGCUGUUAAUAUAAUAUGAUUGAUGACGCAUAAUCAUUUUUGUAUCAAGCACUUUGGUUAGCACAAUACUCAAUGCAAGAGGCAAUACUUCGAAAAGCAUUCUACAACAUUACGGUUUUCAGAGGACUGCUCGCCCAAGUCAAGCACCAUUUUUCACAACAUAGGUACUCCGGUUGCUAAUGCUAAUAUCAUGGUGAUCGAAUUCUCCUGGUUAUCAGAGGACGAGAGAUCUCCGUCCCGUCCGCUCACUGUCAAUCCGCCGUCCCGGGCGGAUGGCUGGCUCCAAAACAUUGUAGACGCGUAUUCAGGCGGAUAUGACUCGACGGUGACCAUUGGCAGUGAGCGAGCUCAGACAAGCGAAUCACUGCAACUCGACAGUUUUGGGCACCGG